AUGACACGGCACUUAAUCAUACUUUCUAUUGCGAUACCUCAGCAUCUCGAGCUGCGCUGCGGGGGCACGUGGCUCGGAAGGGUGCCAAGCAUCGCAUCACUUGGAGGUACGAACGCAUUGCCUGCUAACUUGCAAACAAAGCUCCACGUCAUGCCAGAACCCAUUCGCAUUGCCGGCGUCCCAGAAGCUUUUAAUGACUGCUUUGAACAUGCCGAUUUCGCUGGGAAAAACCUGGCAUGCGGUGCGAAGCUGGUUUUGCAUCCAGGGGGCAGCGGCUCUAUGCUAAACUCUGUGAAGGGCGGCCAAGUCGACGCUGCCUUUGCUCUUACCGACUGCAUAGUGGCUGCAAUUGAAAAUGGUGACCCCGUGCGACUUGCCGCACCAUUGGUGAGAAGCCCGCUCACAUGGGCUGUGAUUGUUGCCGGCAAGGCUUCCGUCGCAAGUCUUGGUGAGCUCAGCGACGCAACGUGGGGCAUAUCACGUUUCGGUUCCGGUAGCCAUGUCAUGGUGCAAACGUUGGCGUCCAAGAGGGGCUGGACUGCGAAACCGAGAUUCAAAGUUUGCGGCAACUUUCAGGGGCUUCGGGAUGCCGUCAACGAUGGCACUGUGGAUGCAUUUCUGUGGGAACAUUUUACGACGAGGCCAUUUGAAGACAAGGGUGAGGUGAGAAUCAUUGACGGGGUACCCACACCAUGGGGAUGUUUCAGCGUGGUUGUCAGUGAAGAUUGCAAACGAAUACACGACAUUCACGCAGUUGUCGAUGCAUUUGUAGAAGCGGGGAAACAGUUUCUUGAGGACCCGGGUAAUGUUGGAGCCAUUUCAACAAAGUAUGGUAUGAGUGAAGAUGACGCAAAGGGUUGGAUGCGAGGGGUACGGUAUGCUACUAGCGGAGAACGAUUUGUACCGCAAGAAGAACUUGGAAUGACGAGGGAAAUUCUUCGAAAAGCCGGGGUGAUCAAGAAGUCGCAAUUUGAGGGUGACACAGACUUCUACUAUACACUUGCAUAA